UGAUUAUUUAAGGAUAGUGUCGUCGCAAUCGUUCCACAUUCACUCUACUACAACAUCACAACUGAAAAUAUGCCUGCACUACUAGUCAACAUUUGAGAUAUUUUAUAUACGUAGAAGUAAUACUUAAGGGGGAAAUGAAGCCUUUUCAUACAGUACGACAACUGACGAGGGAGAUUAAUCUAGUUGUUUUCGACGAGCGAUAUCAGAAUACGUGAGGAUAAUUCUUCGAAUCAUAGACAUGGCUCGAGUUAAAAUGGCAUCAAGUGGCAUCAAUUCUUCGACUAGUUCUCCUCGAACUGCGAUGGAGAGGUUUGGCGACGGUGGUAUGGCACUCCUACCGUGGAUCAUGCAUAUACUGACCGUACAGUGGGAACAACUACGGUUGUUGGUCCCUGUCAUUUACUACAGUUUCUUGUCAGGUUUCCAUAUGUUCAGGUUUGAAGUUCACCUAAGAAUCAACUCUGUCUCUGGAAAUUCCCACACAGGGGCCUUUCUGUCCAGCCUACAGGCUGAGGCGAUGUACUGCAGUUUGGUGGACGACUUUGUGUCCCAUGCCAGGAUGGAUAGCGAUUAUGGACUUUACCUUGGACACCACCCCAGCUGGAAACUGGGCUUUCCAGGUGACUGUAACCUGUUAGUGAGCAGCACUGAUUGUAGCUCCAGCUUGGAUGAAAUGUCUCGCAACAACAAGGAGAAAGCGUUUGACUUCAAAACCAAACAUGACACCACCGAAGAUGAUCUGAGUGUUUACUGGGGUAAAGAGGAUGACCGAAACCGUGGAGCGUUUGACAGUGAGGACAGUAAAGCACUUUGCGAGUCCCUGGCCAUCUCCAGCGACCCUUACAAGCCCUUCUCUUUCCCCCUCUGCAAUUCAAGCUGCUCCAAUAUGGGGGAAACAAAAAGUGAAGAUCAAUUUGGCGGCGGCCUUGACUGUAACUUGUCCAGUCGGCCGGGUGAAGAACUUCAAGAGACCCUCGGUGGCUUGAACAUCUGGACCAGUCGUUCAGAUAGCGAAAGCAGCUGGGGGAGUUCUGAUGGUUCGUGCGCAGACCUGGACGAAGAGGAGAGCGAGAGGCUCUGGGAGCUCUUCACCAGCCCCGUCGACCCAUACAACCCCCUGUGUUUCACGGCAUCUGUAGCCAGCUCAGUCCCUCACACAGACAAAACACUUACACACUCCCAGGAGGCUGAAAGGGCCUCAGUCCUGACCUCAUGUUCUUCUGACAUCGUUGACAGUGAGACCCCUGGCCCUUCCUCCUCUGAUGACACAGAGGAGCAGCUAUGGAGGUCCUGCUCCCAAAAUGAAGACCAUUACCACCCUCUGAACUUCCGUGCCUGCCUCCAGAGCUCCCCUACAACCACAGAGCCACCUGCCUUCAGCACUGGAGACCCACUCACCCCACAGACCUGUCCCACACAGACACCACCUGGCCAGGGUAAGCAGAGGGACGUUGUGGCCAAAAGCUUCCAAACAACCAGGCACACAAAGCCUUGUCUACCCAAGAGACAGUUAAAUCAGCAUGACCACCCAGCUACUACACUAGUGCCCUGGAGGAGACCUGAAGCUAAAGUAACAGGAGGACAAGGACAACCUCAGGAGAAGUUCAACCACCCUCUGAAAAAGGUGCGGUUCUCACCACUUGUCCAGGUCCAUGUGAUGCAUACUUGGCCCUUUGCCCAGCAGAUGUCUCGCAAAGGACCCUGGGAGGAACUAGCCCGCGAUAGAGACCGGUUCCGAAAGAGGAUCCAGGAAACGGAGCAGGCCAUUGGUUACUGCUUCAGUAAAUCACACAGAGACACGAUUCGGGCAAAUUUGCUAAGCACUUCAACAUCAGCCCAUUCAAUACCAGUCCAUGAGCUCUAAAUGUUUUACCAUACCUUCCUAAUGAGAACUUUUGAUUGGUUGCGAUGAAACAUGGUUUUAGGUCAAUUAUAAUGAAAAGAUGGUGGUCCUAGGCCAAUAGGAUUUGGCAUCAAAUUCUACCUGCACUGUACCUCAACACUGUUGCACUGGUUUUUAUAUUGGAUAUAGUUAUUAACCUCAUCAUGAAUGUAUGUAAUGUUAUUUUGUAUGCCUUACAAUGUAAUUUAUUAAUGCCCUAUUGUGCUUGUUUAAAGUGUUUGAAUUUGUACCAUUUUGAAAUGUUCAUCUUUAUACAGAUAAGUGGUGUAUUUAGGACUAAAAUAAUUAACAGAUGGUAUUUGUGAUCAUACUGUAGUUAAUAAACAACCUGUUUGACACCAUAA